AACCAUGAAUCUCCCAGAUUUUGUUGCUGUUUUCUUUCUGUUCCUAAUGUGGAAUUUUCUGUUAUUUGGACAUGGAAUGGCACAUACGGUAACAUUUGACAUACGCAAUAAGUGCCCCUUCCCCAUAUGGCCAGCAACUGCUCCCAACAAUGGACAGCCAGUGAUAGCUGAUGGCGGCUUCUAUCUCCCAGCCGGUCAGACUCGGCGCAUUUCUGCCCCUUGGUCAUGGAACGGUCGGAUUUGGGCCCGAACUGGAUGCAACUUUGCCUCAAACUGGAAUCCUGCAUGUGAAACAGGAGACUGUGGUGGUCGCUUGGCAUGCAAUGGACUAAUAGGCACUCCACCAGUGACAUUAGUGCAAGUUUCACUUCAAGGUGACAAAGACAGGCCAAAUUUCUAUGAUGUGAGCUUGGUUGAUGGAUACAAUCUUCCUGUUGCAGUCUUGUCAAAGCCAGUAGCAUCUAAUUGUGGCAUUGGAGGGUGUUUGAAGAAUUUGAAAAGUUGGUGCCCAGAAGAACUGAAGGUCUUAAACUCCAAGGGGGAAGUGGUGGCUUGCAAAAGUGCUUGCUUGGCUUUCAACACUGACCCGUUUUGUUGUAGGAAUGAGUAUGGAACCCCAGCAAAAUGCAAGCCAAGUGUGUACUCAAAGAUAUUCAAAGAUGCUUGCCCUUCUUAUUAUAGCUAUGCUUAUGAUUCACCCCCUCCAUUGGUGACUUGCAAGUCAAGUGAGUAUGUGAUCACCUUUUGUCCUUCAGGCUGGGGCACUGAUGCCUAUACCUCCAUAUAGACUAGUUUGCUUCAUUUGUGGUAAUCUAGCUAGUUUCGCAUUUGAAUAAAAUGUAAUUUUCAUUGUAUCAGUAUAGUUUUUCUUUUGGGUGGA